AAUUUUUAUGUAACCAAAAAUGGUAGGUACCCUCUCAAAGUUAGAUGAAGAACAAAGACAAUCUUACAAAUGUGUAUCAUAAUUAAGCAGCAAAUGUUACUAAGUUUAAACCUGGAGUGGCGUAGAGAUUAAGCAGCAAAUGGAAUAUUCUUGGGUUACUUUUUGUCUUCCUCGCGUCCGAACUAAGCUCAAACACAACCUUUGUAUAUAAUCUCCUCUCUUAUCUCCCUUACGAUUUACUCUUUCAUGAAUUUUUGAGCUUCUGCUGAAUCUCAAGUACCAUCUUGCAGUCAUGUCUUGCCUGAGAAUUAAGCUUUUCCCAGUCAAAAGAGUUUGGAAGAGUUUAACCACCAAAUUCCACAAGCUCCGGAGAUCCAAAACCAAACUCCAAACCAGGUACGGUGCAUCAGCUUCAGCCAAGCGCUAUUAAGGGAAGAAUCUUGGAGACAGAGACUCGAAAGUUUUAUUCUUUUUCCGGCUAAAGAGAGGUUGCUUGUUCAAGAAGAAACGCGAAUAUGUUGUAUACGUCCAUAAGCUCUUCAGAGAACCCAUCUGGAUUCCAGCAAAACAGUGGAAACCGGAGAAAGAAUUGGUGCCAGAGAACGGAAUAGACGAGAGAGCCUAAGAGUUCAUCAACAGAAUGAAAGCAGAGAUGAUCGCUGCUGCACGCAGCUCAUAAGCAGACUUGAUAACUAGUAGUAAUUACUUUCUUCUUGUGCAUAGAUACUCUUUGAUUUUUAUAUUAUCAAUAUUUGAUACUCAUUGAAAAUAAAUAAAUAUUGAUUUCUCCACGAAAA